AUUUGCUUGUUGGUGACAGGUGCGAGGCAGCGGGGCAGGGACACCACAGUCGAGUGGUACGCCGCCUGCAUCGGCUGGCUGGGGUCCCAACAAUACCUCUACCCCUCAGACGUUGGAUCAGCUGCUGGAACGGCAGUGGGAGCAGGGCAGUCAGUUCCUCAUGGAGCAAGCACAGCACUUUGACAGUGAAGUUGCAUCCCUGCUGACCUGUCUGCAUCAGUUGAGAGCUGAAAACCUGCGUCUAGAGGAGCAUGUCAACUCUCUGCUACAGCGUCGAGACCACCUACUGGCCGUCAACGCUCGCCUUGCUAUCCCCCUAGUGCCCCCCACUCCUGUAAAUAAUAUCCAUCCUGGAGCUACAGCUCCAACUGUGCCAAUGGACAGCAGUCGAAAUGUGGCAGUGACACAGCCUCCUAGAGUGAACAACACCUACCCGUCAGGAGUGGAGAACGGACCAACUUCACCCAGUCAACCAUCGCAAUAUCUUCCUUCACAGAACCCAAUCAGCCGACACCACAGUCCGGGAACUACUGCUCAGCCUUAUGUCUGCUCAGCUCCGGGAGUGGUGGUACGUUCUUCCAACGUUACUUCUGUUCCUGAACCUAGAAGAUCCAGUAGUCAAGCAAGUAGCAGCCACCCCCAGGCGCCCUACUCUUCCAUGUACUCAGUACCACCUCCUCAACAAUCCCAGAUUGUCAUGCGACGGGAUGUGCCUGAUCUACACCACCAAAAUCCGUCGUCUAAGCCCAGCUGAGCCCUUACUUUGCUACAUUUCUUAGUUGAUUAGACAUCGGUUAGCUAGACACUUAGUUCUUUUUACAUCUGUUUUAAGUGAUGUACAUUGUGAUAAAGUUCAAAUCUUUUCCAUCUAUAGUUUUUAAUAAGUUUCAUAUUUUACAUUGUUGUUUAAUAAUUUUCUUUUGAUGGAGAAUAGUUUUAAAUCAGUUAUUUUACCAUUGUUUCUUACCUAUCUAAAUAUUAAAUGUAUUGCAAUAAAAUUAUGUUGAACUUUGUUUUUAGUUAGUUUACAACACUUUGAAAUAUUAUAUGUUGACUGAAUUUGUUGUCAUAAUUUUUAAGCUAUACAAAUUUUGAUGUCAAUCAUUGAUACUUAUUUUUCUAUUAUAUAACCUAAUGUCUUGUGCACAACUAUAUUUGUAAAUUUUAGAUUUUGUUCAUAAUAAUUUAUGGAAACUAUUUAUCUCUUUUUUUUAAGAUUACCUUGUAUUUUAGAUUAUUGACCUUUCAAAGUCAAUAAUUUAUGUUCAUGUUGCUCAUGUUUUGUAAAAAAAUGUACAAAAAGUUACUCUAGUGCCAGAAACAUAAAAGAACCUAACAUCUACUAAAUUUAGUUACGUAAUUUAAAAUUCAAUUUAAAUUAUUAAUUGUCCUUGAAAUAAUAUUCCACACAUCAAGUCCAUAAAAAUAAAUAUAUUUUGUAUAAAUGAUUCUGGAUUAAGUAUAAGAAUUUUAUAUUGGCCAAAACUAAUACGUACUCCACUACAGUUACAUAAUACUAUGUAUAAUUUUCAUAAUCUUACAAUUUAUCUAAAAAGAUUACUGGAUGUAGUCCACCAACUAAAGCAAUCUAAUCAUCGCGUGAAUAGAAUUUAAACACAACUAAAACACAUACGAUGAAUAGUUAUAAGUUAUUGUAAACAUAAUUGUGAAUGGUUUAAACUAAAUGUAAUUUUAUUAGUUUCAAUAAUAAAUUGGAAUUGUAAUGUUUUAUUA